AUGUGCGUGCGAAAGAGGAAAAUAGUCCAAGUUGAAGCUUCUCACACGAGCCUCUUCAGUGUGUAUUGCAACAGAGGUGCAGAUUCGCUCUACAGAAAUAGUUUCAGCUUCAGUGAUGAAAAGCUUAACUCUCCAACUGUAUCUACUCCAAGCUUGCCAUCUCCAUCAGUAACUCCAUGUAAAGCAAAGCUUGGAGACACAAAAGAACUGGAAGACUUCAUUGCUGAUCUUGACAGGACACUAGCAA